GAGAAGCUGCGCUGCGCGAUGGUGGCGGCGGCGACGGGGGCGACGGGGGCGGCUUCUUCUUCUUCUUCUUCGGCGGCCGGGGUGGCCUCCCCGUGCAGCCGGCGGCUGGCUCGGCGCUCGCACUCGGCGCUGCUGCUGGCGCUCACCGUCCUGCUGGUGCAAACGCUGCUGGUGUGGAAUUUCAGCAGCCUGGAUGCGGCCGACGAGCAGCAGCAGCAACGGCAGCAGCAACGGCAGCAGCAGCAGCAGCCUCCGCGGAGAGGCGCCCUCGCCGCCGCCGGCAGCAGCAACAGCAACAGCCGGAGCGGCCACAGUAGCAGCAGCAGCAGCAGCAGCAGCCGCCGGCGAGAGAAGCGAGACCUGGAGAGCCGCGACGGGCCCCGGGCGCCGCAACCCCGCCGCGCGGCCGGCGCUUUCCGCGGCAAGGCGAUGAUGGAUCAACCUCUGAAUCCUGAUAAAGGCUUUGAAGCUCAGGAUGGCUAUUUUUCCCACCGGCCAAAGGAGAAGACGCGAACAGACAGCAACAAUGAGAACUCUGUCCCGAAGGACUUCGAAAACAUCGACAAUAGCAAUUUUGCUCCCCGGUCCCAGAAGCAGAAGCAUCCGCCAGAACUGGUGAAAAAGCCCAUCAGUGCACAGAAGGAACGCCUGCGGAGAAAGCUAGAACAGGAGGAGAAAGCCAAGGAGAACUCUGUCCUCAGGAAGAAUGUCCAUGAGCGGCUGCCCUUGGACAAUUCUGCCCCUAAACCCAACAACAAUGGCAACUCCCUGAAAGACACCCCAAGGUCCCUCGCGCAGCCUCAUAUGAAACGGAGUGGGAACGGUUCUCCUGAGCUUGGAUACGAUCAGCUGCCAAAAUGUGACAUUUCAGGCAAGGAAGCCCUCUCGGCUCUAUCCAGGGCUAAAUCCAAGCAGUGUCGUCAAGAAAUUGCCGAGACCUACUGUCAACACAGGCAAGGGAAGCUGAUGCCCGAGCAGGUGACUCGUUUCUGCCCGCUGGAAGGAAAAGCCAAUAACAAUAUCCAGUGGGAUGAGGACUCCAUAGAAUAUAUGCCAGCUGACCCAGUCAGGAUCGUGUUUGUCUUGGUCGUCCAUGGCAGAGCUUCUCGCCAGCUGAUGCGCAUGUUCAAGGCGAUCUAUCACCAGGAUCAUUUUUAUUAUAUCCACGUGGAUAAGCGUUCCAAUUAUUUACACCGGCAAGUGCUCCAGUUCGCGAGCCAGUAUCCGAAUGUGAGAGUCACCUCCUGGCGCAUGGCCACCAUCUGGGGCGGAGCCAGUCUUCUCUCCACCUACCUGCAGAGUAUGCAAGACCUCUUGGAGAUGAAGGAUUGGCCGUGGGACUUCUUCAUUAACCUCAGUGCUGCAGACUAUCCUAUCAGGACGAACGACCAGCUUGUCGCAUUCUUGUCCAGAUACCGGAACAUGAACUUCUUGAAAUCCCAUGGAAGGGACAACGCAAGAUUUAUUAGAAAACAAGGCCUUGAUAGAUUGUUUCUGGAAUGUGAUACCCACAUGUGGAGACUCGGGGACCGGAAAAUCCCGGAAGGAAUCACUGUGGAUGGUGGUUCUGAUUGGUUUCUGCUGAACAGGAAGUUUGUCGAAUACAUCACAUUUUCAACAGAUGACUUGGUGACCAAGAUGAAACGGUUCUAUUCCUUUACUCUACUUCCUGCUGAGUCUUUCUUCCACACCGUCUUGGAAAACAGUCCUUAUUGUGACACCAUGGUGGACAAUAACCUGCGUAUCACAAACUGGAACAGAAAGCUGGGGUGCAAGUGUCAGUACAAGAAUAUUGUGGAUUGGUGUGGCUGUUCCCCCAAUGAUUUUAAGCCAUCUGAUUUUCACCGGUUCCAGCAAACAGCAAGACCAACCUUCUUUGCACGCAAGUUUGAGGCGGUUGUCAAUCAGGAAGUCAUCUCCCAGUUGGAUUAUUAUCUCUAUGGUAACUAUCCUUCUGGUACCCCGGGCCUUCGGUCCUACUGGGAGAAUGUAUACGAUGAACCAGAUGGCAUCCACAGCAUUAGUGAUGUUGCACUGACUCUCUACCACUCGUUUUCCCGUUUGGGCCUGAAGAAAGCAGAAACGUCCUUCCAUAAGGAUGGUGACAACAGUUGCCGAUAUUACCCAAUGGGGCAUCCAGUGUCAGUCCAUCUCUACUUUCUCGCUGAUCAUUUUCAGGGCUUCCUCAUCAAACAUCACACAACCAAUUUGGCUGCCAGUAAACUGGAGACCUUAGAAACGUGGGUCAUACCUAAGAAGGUGUUCAAGAUUGCAAGCCCUCCAAGUGAUUUUGGAAGGCUACAUUUCUUGGAGGUUGGCACAGACUGGGAUGCGAAAGAGAGAAUAUUCCGCAAUUUUGGAGGCCUUAUUUCACCGACGGAUGAGCCGGUGAGCAUGCAGAAGUGGGCAAAAGGUCCUAACGUCACCGUGACAGUGAUCUGGGUGGAUCCCGUCAACGUCAUUGCUGCCACCUACGAUAUCCUGAUCGAAUCCAGUGCCGAGUUCACCCAUUACAAGCCACCUUUGAAUUUACCCCUCCGGCCCGGAGUCUGGACCAUUAAAAUCCUGCAUCAUUGGGUGCCCGUGGCAGAGACCAAAUUCCUGGUCUCUCCUCUGACGUUUUUGAACAAGCAAGCCAUCCGACAAGAGGAAGCCAGAAAGCUGCAUGGUGGACCUCCGAAGAACGCCUACAUGGAGCAGAGUUUCCAAGGGCUCAACCCCGUGCUAAACAUUCCAGUCAGCACUGGCCAACUGGAGCAGUUGAAGAAGAACGCCAUGUUGACGGGCACCAAGCUGGAGACCUGGGUGGACAGUUUGGUGGGAAGCGUGUGGUCAGCCGUCGACAUCUGCACUACGGGCCCGACCUCCUGUCCUCUCAUGCAGGCCUGCAGCCAGACGUCCUGGAGCUCCCUCAGUCCUGACCCAAAAUCUGAGUUGGGCCCCGUGAGACCAGAUGGACGCUUGAGGUAGCACCUGGUACCCCUUUUGCUGGCUUUAAAAAAAGGCAACCUGAGCAUUUUGCUCUCGUGAUACUCUUCGGAUGGGGUUGGUGCAGGUAGCAGGUGAGCUAACGGAAGAGUCUUUAAAGAAAACCUACGAAUCCAUGUUCAAGAGGGGGCUGAAAAUGCCAGCCUCUUUUACUGACCAGUUUUUGUCAUCUCGAGGGUUUUGGAAAUCAGGGAACAAGCAGGAAAGGAGAAACCAAUUGUAGGAAGUCUGACGUUUUUAAAGGCGGGGGCAGCGUCUUUUCAAUUCUGAUCAGAGCUAAUUUAUUUCUCAAUCUCGCACACCAAUAUGCUGUAUCCCGGCCAUAUAUAUAUAUAUAUACAUAUAUUUCAGUUUCCCGAAAGUCUUAGCAAAGCAGUUUAGUCACAAUUGCUAAAAUUCCUCUCUUUUUUUUCCAGUGGUCCACGUUUUUCAAACCGCCCUCCUUUGACAUCUCACAAAAGCAUUCACAUUGUUACUCCAGAUAGCCAAACUUAGAACGUGAUUAUAUUGUGAAUCCACAGAUGGUACAAUAGAGAGAGUGUUAAUUUCACCCUUUCGUGCCAACAGAGAUUCGGAGUUUGGUCCUCUAGAUGAGCUAAUGAUCACCCAAGACUUCUCUAGACUAAAGGGCGAGGGGGGAAGGUUUCCAAGCUUGGCAACUUUAAGACUUGACUUCAAUUCCCAGAAUUCCUUGGGGAAUUGUGGGAGUUGAAGUCCACAAGUCUUAGAGUUGGCAAGUUUGGAGGCCUCUGCUCUUCCAAAUACAGCUAGCGAGGGAGUCGGCUCAAAGGAGAAAGCCAAAACUCCUGUGUUGAGUUUUUCACAUCCCCAGGUCAGACUGGAAAAUAGUUUUCCAGAAAUCCAAAAAAAUAAAUAAAUCCCUUUGUAUCAGGAUGUUUGUGUGUCUAGUGUAUCUGUUAGACUAGACACUAGACUUUUGACAUCUGAAUCUCAGCAUUGCCUUCUUCUGAUGGGAAAGGGGGUGACUUAGAAAGCAACCAAUAACUAUUCCUCCUGGUUCUAGUAAUCAUUUUAGUGAUGGAUCAAUGCUUAAAGAGCUGUGUUCAGCAUCCUCAACCAGGUUAGAUCGAGUGAUUCAAUUCAUAACGCGCUACGCUUGUGGGCUUUCAACUUGGCCAGUCGUGGCUUACCGGUGGUGGGCAUCCAACCUGUUUGGUUAGCUUGCGGUCGCAUCUUUUGCCAACCGCUACAAAGGGGUUGAUUCAAGAAGCAGUUGUGUGAACCUAGACAAACCAAGACUAGAUGAGACGGCCUAAGCCAGCGCAAGCUGUUUCUCCAAAGAACACAUCAUAAGCUCCACAGAGUUGCAGGCUGGAGAGAAAUAUCCCUUUGACACACACCGACACACUCAUACCCACAUAAACAGCAAGGCUUAGUUUUGCUCUAUUGUGCGGUGGUAGGUGCCCUGUUAAAGAAAGGAGAAAGUGCUUUUUAAAAAAAAAAAAGUUCAGGCAGGGAACUGAUAGCUGGAAAGGAAUUAGCUGCCUUCUACUCUUCCACAGCAUUCCAUUUAACGGAGAAAAAUGGAGCGGGCACUUUUCCAGAAUUGUUUCUCCGAAACAAGACCAAGGCGCCUCCGUUUGAAUCCAGUUUUGUAUUUAUUUAUAUAUAUAUUUUUAACUCUUUGCAGAUUCCGAGUCCUUUUUUUUUUUUUAGCUUCGGGAGCUGCAAGGUUUAAGUCAAGGGUGCAAAAAGCCAAAUUUUAUUCCUAAUUAAAUGACCUCAUCCUGACUGAUCUCUAGUGGAUUACUUUAAGCCUUAAAUUGCACUCCGACAACAGAGGGACAAAGGUUUCUGCUCUGAGACACACUACAUGAGCAGGAAGUUGGAUUAACUCUGUUAUUCUGGAUCUUCAGUUCAUAUAUCCACUGAUGGAUCCUCUGGGAUCCAGUUGAUUGUUUUUAACAAAAGCUGUCUUUCUCCUUUUGGGUGGGGGGGGGGGCUUUCUUUCAUUUCGAACCCAACUCACCUUUAAAGACCACAAGAAGAGCAGAAGGGCUGAAAAGAUAAACAGGAACAACAACCAUCACCAAAAAAUCUGGUUUCCCUUUUAAAACGCGUUACUGCAGAGUCAAACUUGACAUGGGGAAGACGGGCUCAUGAAUUCCACCCCACCUCUCCUGUCCUCCUUGGUUUAAAGCUGCGGGAUUUUUGCUUUCGACUUUUGAAAUUGCCGUGUCAGCUGCUGUGCAGGCGUAAAGGCAGAGCAUUCAAUAUUUAGCUGGCCCCAAAGAAAGGAGACAACCACGUUAACGUGUUUAUUUGUGUUUCAGUCAGUGACGAAUGGUUACGCAGCUCGCUAGGGAGUGAUCUUAUCUCGCUGAAUAACCGCUGCCUUUAUUAAGGCAAGGCCUUUAAAACAAAAGAAAAUAGUCUUUUAUUUUUUACCUUUCCUCUCCUUUCCGUUCCUUCCAGUUUUGCUUUUGUUCGACGUCUUGUAUAAUGUCAGGUGUGGCUCCAUUCAAGAUCCAAGAAAGAAAACCUUAGGCUCUUAUUUAUUUUUAUUUUGAGAAAAGGACUUUUACUGAGGCUGAAGGAGUAGCGUCCAAAGAAAUACAAGGUCUGAGGCAAAUAGGCGCGGAAUCCACAUAUAGAAAUUUAUUCCCAUGUGCCCACCCCCAGUCGUUCA